CUAUAAUACUAUAUUUUGAAAAUUUGUUGAUUUAUCAAUGAGAGACUUUGUCUGAAAAGAAGAGGAUUUCUGUUGCUCUUGUUUUGUGGUUUUGGUGGUGGUGUUUGUGCAGCUAGCAGUAGCGGCGGCAGCAAGUGCAGAAGAAUAAGAAAGAAGGAUUAAUGGAAUCCAGAGGUGGAGAAGUGAGGCGCAUACACAUAAUUUACUUCCUUAGUCACAUGGGUCGGGUUGAGCAUCCCCAUCUCAUUCGGGUUCACCAUUUCAACCGCAAUGGUGUCUAUCUGCGAGAUGUUAAGAGGUGGCUUGCGGAUUUGAGAGGAAAGGACAUGGCGGAAGCCUUUGCUUGGUCCUACAAGAGGAGGUACAAGACAGGCUAUGUUUGGCAAGAUUUGCUGGAUGAUGACCUUAUAACCCCUCUCUCUGACAACGAAUAUGUCAUCAAAGGAUCCGAGAUUGUCUCUACCCCAUUUGAUCAUGCUUCUUACUACGAAAAUAAAGCUUACAUCUUGAAAAAGCAGCAGCCUGUUGAGGUUGAAGCCGAAGCUAAAGACCAACGCCAGCAGCAACCUUCACCCAAAGAAGCAUUCCAAACGCACCCACAUUCUAAGACCAAUACCUCAACAGAUAUCUCUUCUGAAAUCAAUGAAGAGUCGCCUUUGUUUGGCUCUGAGAGGUCAACAGUAACCAAUGAUUCAAUAAAGCUCGAAGAAGAGAAGGAUGUCGAAAAUGGUGGCUGGAAACUCGAAAGUACUUCUUUCCGUUCCACGCUGCUGAUGAGCAAGAAGAAUAAAAAGAAGAGCAGCAAAGAUGACAAAGUGGAAAAGGCGGCUGGUACGCCAUCCUCAUCACACUCAUCAUCAUCUCCGUCUACUCCCCCGUUUAGAAAGAGCAAGAGCUAUUCAAGCGGAGCUUCUAGCAUGUUACGCAAUUUGAUUGGCUGUGGUGCUGCGGAUACCAAUGAUGAAGUGUUUGUCAUGCUCAAUCGGGCUAACAAAACUAAUUCUUCCACCAAACCCGAUAUUAAAGAUGACAACUUUCAAGGAGAGAAGUUGGGAGGGUCUGCCAGAGUGUAUGGGGCUACUUGGAAUCAACAGCAGCAAGAGCAGCAGCAGCCGCAACACAGUACUAAUUGGAAAGGCUUUGAUGGAAAACAGGGUUCACAGAAGAAGAAGCAGAGCGGAUUCUCUCAACAAAAAGCAGUGCCUGCUGCUUUCAAGCCACAUUGCUCGCAAUGUGGAAAGUCAUUCAAGCCAGAAAAAUUGCAUUCUCACAUGAAGUCCUGUAGGGGAAUGAAAGCUUUGUCAAAGACUGCUGCUGAGAAGACACAGUCCUACGGGUCAAUGACUUCCUCUCAAAAGGAAUCAGCUUAUCGCCAUUUAUUGACCAACUGAACAUUUUAGCUGUUUUCUGAUAUUUCUGUUGAUUUCCAAAUGUUGAGGGAAAAGAAGGCCUUCAUUUCAUUUUUCCAAAAUAUUUUUCGAAUGUAUAGGGAAAAUGCAGGGCACCUGCAGUAGGU